AUGCCAAAGGCUGGGCCUCGCAGAGAGAGCCUGACACAGCGAGCCGCAGAUGGUUCCGGAUUGAAGCCAUUUGGACCAGUGGUGGCCUACGCCAAGGCGAGCAUGGUCUUGGCGCUUAUGGAUGCGGCGAUUGAGAAGAAAGAGAUCGUUCUUGUCACCGAUGAUGAGGAGUGGCUGGAGAAGCUCCUGCUGAUACAGAGCAACCCAAAGUUUUCUGCACUGCAAAAGGCAACGGAGACCGUCAAGAUUUUGCCGAAGCUCAAGUCAACCGUGAUGCCGAAGUUCAUUGUAUUUCUGGCGAAGAAGAAUCGCCUUCGUGGUCUGAAAAGAAUCUGCCUUGAGUACGUUCAGAGUAUGUACUUUAAUCAGUCAAUCACACCAGUCACGGUGAAAGUUGCUCAACGCCUAACAGAGCAGCAGAUGGAGAAGAUCAAAGAGAAGAUGAAGAAAAAGGCAGGCACCAGGGACAUCAAGUUGGUCGUGGAAGUGGAUCCCAGCCUCAUCGGAGGGCUGCAGCUUGAGUGGGGCUAUACUGACCCCCAGAAUCGCUACGCACCAUCAUAUGGUGUUGACUUGUCACUGAAGAACAUUUUGGAGAAAAGAGCCCUUCAGAAAGGAGUGGUGACGGCAGCUUGA